UCUAACGCAGCCGGUGGGGCGGGGCUGAAGGUCACGUGACGCGCGCUGCCGCCUCCCAUUGGCGGAAGCGGCGCCCCGGAAGCGCGGGGCCGUUCCGGUGCGGGCGCGGUGACAGGGCAUCACCAAGUGACAGCAGGAAUCCAUCAGGACGGUGAUCCCCCCUGUUGGGACCGGUGGCUCCAGAGGGUCACUCGUGACCCUGGCACAGGGCAAAGGGCAGCCAUGGUGUGCAUUCCCUGCAUUGUCAUUCCUGUCCUCCUCUGGGUCUACAAGAAAUUCCUGGAGCCGUACAUCUACCCCGUGAUCGCCCCCUUCAUCAAACGUGUGUGGCCCAAGAAAGCUGUGGAAGAUCCCACAGGCACAAAACAAGGACAAGGAGGCAGCUCUGGGGAUCCUCCAGCGCCUUCAGCCGCGAAAAGAGGCCUGGAGUAUGAAUCUGGAAGCUAUAAAUUUGAAAGCAACAGCAUUGCAAAUGGAAUUGCUGCAAAGAGAUCCACAGGAGCUUAUGACAAGAAAACGGAUUAGAGGAGUUAAUUCCUAAGGAUUUUAUUCCCCUGUGUCCAAUAUGAACUGCUGAUAUUUCUCGCUGUCUGAGACCUUUUUCUUUGCACAAUUUAGCUGAAUAAAAACCUUUAUUGCUUGCAGGAGAGAGUCUGUUUUGCCACUAAAAUGGCAUCUAGUUUGUUAUUAGUUUAAAAUAUUUGAAAGCUGAAGUUAUUGUAUUUUUCUCGCUGGAACUACUUUUCAUCUACCAUCUAUUUAGUGUGGUUAGAGUUUAGGUUAAAUAACUUAUGAAUAAACCUUAUCUAUGGAAGGUAAAUUUAUCUUAGCAUCUUAAUUUCACUAAGUGCUAGUGGAAUACUUGAGGCUUUCACCUUAAAAGCUGUGUCUGUUCUUGACCUCACUAAAGGACUGUGGAUUGCAUUGUGGCAACAGAAGCUCUUGUUUAAACUAUAGGGGAUUUAUAUUUUUCAUGCCAAAUCUGUGGAUGAGGUAGAGGAGUUGUGCUAUAUGCAAAAUUUGCUUAGCUCACUAAAACAGAAACUCUUGAUGUGAUACUUCUAUUAAUUAUUGUCCUUUAAAUACUAUGUCUUUUUGUUUGUUUGUUUCCUGAAGAGGAGCAGCAGAGGCAUGAUGCAGAAGAAAUUAUUGCUUUAUCUUCUGUUGUGGUGAUUUAAAAUGGUGCAGUUCCGGCUUUAAAAAAACGAAACAACUAAAACCUCUUUAACAUGUUUGUGGAAUUUUAACUAUAAUAAACGAGGAUUUUCUUUAAAUAUAA